AUGGAUGGGCUCGCUGGCAUGGACCUUGUCGACUGGAUAAGAGGCGGAUAUGUGGUGCUAGCUGCCAGUGUCAUGGCUGUCAACAGUCUCAAGUUCCUUCGUGACAGGUUCAUUUCAUACGGUGCCCGGACUCUGCCAGCAUCGAAGGAGCCGAGUAGCAAACCUUCGGCGGUGGCCACUGUCCCUCCAUGGAGUGGCAUUUCAGGAAUCCUGGACCGCGUGGCAACCUGGGAUGUGCCGCAUUCCUACUUUACUCAUUUCUACUACUGCGCCGUCGGCGUGGCGUUCUUCUGGUGGUAUCAGCUUCUGGCCAGGGGAUGGGCCUUUAAGCUCAUUGCCAGCAUAGUAGAUCAUGAAACCCGAAAGAGUUCAAUGUCAUUUAACCAGAUAUUCCUUUGCUGGACACUUUUUACCAUCCAGGCCUGCCGUCGACUCUACGAGUGCCUCUCGUUUGUUAAGCCCUCUCAGGCAAGGAUGCACGUCGGGCAUUGGCUCUACGGGUUUGCCUAUUACAUCGUCAUGGGAGUUGCUAUCUGGAUUGAAGGAACCAGUAGGAUUUUUUCUACCUUUUUAUACUUGAUUGAACACGGAUCUAACUUGAAACUUAAGCAACUCUACUCUCAACUAAUAGUCCAUUGGGCAAUGCUGCUCUGA